CGAAGCAGUCUGGUCAAGGCGAUGACAGUGCUGGCCCAGCCAUGCCCACCGUGGAUGAUGUUCUGGACAAGGUCGGGGAGUUUGGCUGGUUCCAGAAGCAAGUCUUCCUGAUCCUAUGCCUGAUCUCAGCUGCCUUUGCCCCCAUCUACGUGGGCAUCGUCUUCCUGGCCUUCACCCCGGACCACCGCUGCCUGAGCCCCGGGGUGGCCGAGCUGAGCCGGCGAUGUGGCUGGAGCCUGGCCGAGGAGCUGAACUACACGGUGCCGGGCCCGGGUCCGGCGGGCGACGCCUUCCCCCGCCAGUGCCGCCGCUACGAGGUGGACUGGAACCAGAGCGCCCUCGGCUGCGAGGACCCGCUGGCCGGCCUGGCCACCAACAGGAGCCACCUGCCGCUGGGCCCCUGUCAGCACGGCUGGGUGUACGACACGCCCGGCUCCUCCAUCGUGACCGAGUUCAACCUGGUGUGUGAUGACUCCUGGAAGGUGGACCUCUUUCAGUCCUGUGUGAAUGUGGGCUUCUUCCUGGGCUCUCUGGGCAUCGGCUACAUUGCAGACAGGUUUGGCCGUAAAGUAUGUCUCCUGGCCACCACCCUCAUCAGCGCCAUCUCGGGCGUCCUCACGGCCAUCGCGCCAGACUACACAUCCCUGCUGUUCUUCCGCCUGCUGCAGGGGCUGGUCAGCAAGGGCAACUGGGCCGCUGGCUACACCCUGAUCACAGAAUUUGUGGGCCCGGGCUACAGAAGAACGGUGGCGAUCCUCUACCAGGUGGCCUUCACGGUGGGGCUGGUGCUGCUCUCCGGGCUGGCCUAUGUCCUUCCUCACUGGCGGUGGCUGCAGCUGACUGUCUCUCUGCCCACCUUCCUCUUCCUGCUCUACUACUGGUGUGUGCCCGAGUCUCCCCGAUGGCUGUUAUCGCAAAAGAGGGACACUCAAGCAAUAAAAAUAAUGGACCAUAUCGCCCAGAAGAACAGGAAACUGUCUCCUGCUGAUCUAAAGAUGCUCUCUCUCGAAGAGGAUAUCACUGAGAAGCUGAGCCCUUCAUUCGCAGACUUGUUCCGCACGCCGCGCCUGAGGAAGAACACCUUCAUCCUCAUGUACUUGUGGUUCACCAGCUCUGUGCUCUAUCAGGGCCUCAUCAUGCACGUGGGCGCCACCGGCGGGAACCUCUACCUGGAUUUCUUUUACUCUGCUCUGGUGGAAUUCCCAGCGGCCUUCGCCAUCCUCGUCACCAUCGACCGCGUCGGCCGCAUCUACCCAUUGGCCGUGUCAAAUCUGGUGGCGGGGACAGCCUGCUUCGUCAUGAUUUUUAUCUCACAUGAUAUACACUGGCUGAACGUCGCAGUAGCUUGCGUUGGCCGGAUGGGAAUCACCAUUGCGUUCCAAAUGGUGUGUCUGGUGAAUGCAGAACUGUAUCCGACUUUCAUCAGCGGCGAUCGGCCUGGUUGCCGGGGCAGCGACGCUGCUUCUUCCCGAGACCAAGGGGGCGGCGUUGCCGGAGACCAUCGAGGACGCGGAGAGCUUCCGGAGAAAAGCAAAGCCCAAAGAAAAGACGAUUUACCUUCAGGUCCAAACAUCAGAAUCCCAAGGAACCUGAGAGAGAUGCUUCCCUGGGGACCAAGUGGCAGAGAUGAAAACGGAGUUCUCAUCUGGAGAAACGCUCAGAAGCCCUUAUUUCUCCGUACUCUUCCUCAUACUUGCUUGCCCCCAAAUCAAUAUUAGUCUUAAAGAACACUAAAUAUGCUUUCUUUUAUUUUAUUUUCUUUCUUUUAAGUCUCCCCAAGCCCUGGCUAUCUUUUAUCUACUUGUCCUUUCUAGUGAGAACUGUUGGUGGUUAUCAGGUACUUAAAUUAAGUUUGUUGA